AUGAUUAGUUCAAUGAAUUGUUAUUUAUGUGCGUUGGCCAUAUCGGAUAUGACUGUUAUUAUUACAGCAUUUUUUUUAUUUUUUCUUGAAAAUAUACGCCGACGAUCAUUAAUAAUAUCGAAAUUUUUUGCAAUUUUAGCACCAAUAACCUUUCCACUUGGCUUAACAGCCCAAUCGUUCUCAGUAUUCCUUACUGUUACUGCUGCUAUUGACUGUUUUAUUCUUGUUUCUGCAUCAGCUGCAUGCAAAAAAUAUUUUUGCACAGUGAAUAGAUCUAUUCAGGUGGUUAUUGGAAUUUUUUUAAUUGCGGCGAUGUACAAUAGUCCUCAUAUGUUCGAAAUAUUUGUUGUUGACUGCUGGAGUUUAACCUAUUCACAUCAAAGCUUAGAUACAUAUUUGACAGUUUAUUAUGCUUGGCUCUAUACAGCAGUGAUGGCUGUCGGCCCAGUUAUAUCAUUAAUUAUUUUAAAUACAGCCAUUAUUUUAUCAAUAAAACAUGGAAAAAAGACAUCACAGGACGAUAGUGAUUCGGAUAUUAUUACACUUGUGCUUGUUGUUUGUCUCUUUAUUUCAUGUAAUAUUUUACCUUUAAUUGUCAAUUUUUUGGAAUUAUUUUUUGGUGUCACAAAUUCAUAUCUAAUAGAUUUAUCGAAUCUAAUGGUUGUUCUCAAUUCAUCGUGUAAUUUUUUGAUCUAUUAUGCAUUUGGCUCACGAUUUCGUUGCACCUUGAAGCAAUAUUUAUUUCAUUCGAAAAAAUCUUUCGAAAAUGGAUCGACACGCUUGAACGAUCUGUUCGCUCCACAAACUGAAUUUCUUAUAUGA